CUCUAGGUAUUAGAAGGGAUCUUCAUCCUGUUGAAUUAGAAGACAAGUUUUAUUUACCUCCAGCACCAUACUCAUUGAGUCCUGCUCAGAAGAGAUUAUUUUGUGAAAUACUAAAAGGAGUAAAAUUUACUGAUGGUUAUGCAUCUGAUAUACGACACAAUAUUCAUGUUAAGGAAAGAAAGAUAAUCGGGCUGAAGAGUCAUGACAGCCACAUUCUUCUAGAGCACCUACUUCCACUUGCCGUGAGAAGAUUGUUGCCUGAAAAAGUCUGUGCGGCAUUGAUUCGUGUAAGCAAUUUUUUCAAGAAAAUGUACUCUCCUGUUAUUCGAAUAAGUGAUAUGCAAAAGCUAGAAGCUGAAAUUGCUGAAACCUUGAGCCUUCUUGAGAUUAUAUUUCUCCCAUCAUUUUUCGAUAUUAUGGUACACUUAAUGGUUCAUCUUCCUACCCAAGCAAGAAUGGCUGGUCCCGUCCAUUUCCGCAGCAUGUGGGCUAUUGAGAGGUUUUUGAUGAGAUGUAAGGGCUAUGUUCGGACAAAAAGUCAUCCGGAGGGGUCAAUUAUGGAGGGCUCCAUGUUUGAUGAGAGUCUCACUCUUUGUUCACAGUAUGUACAAGUUGAGACUCGGCUUAACCGGUGUGGUACAAAUUAUGAAGGGCUGCAAGGAAAAAUUGGUAGUACACCUUUCUUCAACAGCAUUGGUCGAGGUUUGGCAGGAAAGUGCAUUGUGAAUUUAGACCACAAAACAUGGCUUCAAGCUCAUAGAUAUGUCUUGUUCAACUACGACAAUAUAGGACCUUACUUGAACAAGCAUUCUCAAUAUCUUUCCUCAAUUGGUAUUCAAAAUAAACGAGAUAUCAGUCGCAUACAUCAUGAAUCCUUUCAUGAGUGGUUUAGGUUGCAUGUAGAAGAAGGCUACGAGGAAGCUCGAGAAGAGAUAAAAUUUUUAGCUAAAGGGCCAAUGCUAAUUGCACGCAAGUAUAAUAGCUACACAAUAAAUGGGUUCAAGUUCCAUACACAGUCCUAUGAUGAGAGCAGGCCUGUACAAAGUAGUGGAGUAGCUCUACUUGCGGAGACAACAUGCUUUGAAAGGGGCAAUAAAGAUAGCUUCAUAACAGGAAACAAGACAUAUUAUGGUAUUAUAAAGGAAACUAUUGAACUGGACUAUCAUCACAAAGGAUAUGUGGUGGUUUUCAAGUGUGAUUGGGUUGACAACCGUGCACAAGAUAAAUGGGUCAAAACUGAUCAAUUUGGUGUAACCACAGUCAAUUUCAAGCACUUAUUCAACACCGGUGAGCGGAUAUUAGAUGAGCCAUUUAUUUUAGCAUCACAGGCAGCUCAAGUCUACUAUGUUCCAGAUCCAAUUGAACCUGAGUGGUUUGCAGUUGUUCAAUCAAAACCAAGAGAUAUGUAUGACAUGGAUGAUAUUGCUGAGAAUGAGAACCUAAAUAAUAAUCAUUUUGUGGAACUGCCUGAUCUCCAUUCCAAUGUGACUGUAAAUGUUGUUGCCGGUGAUGUCCCUUGUGUUAGAACAGACAUAGAUGGUAUAAUUGUUGAUGCAAAAAAACCUAGAAAGAGGAAAAAUGCCAAGCGCAGCAAAAAACGGUAAUGAUAGCAUGGCCGCCGAGUAUGACAAGCAGAGGCUUGCAAACAUCGCUGCCAACAAAAGAAGGCUGGCAGCUCUUGAUAUACCGAGUAUGAACACUUCGGUGCAGCAGUGUCAACCCAACAAAAAAGCAAAGAAAAAUCAACAGGCAAGUGAUGUUGCACGUGAACGUCCCAAUUUGCGGCCAAGGCCACAGAGAAAUAGUCAGGAGGAACAUGGCUGUGAAGAAGGUGCCAAUGAAGAAUUAACUGCUCCAAAUCUUAGUGAUGGAAUACGAGACAAGAGGAAUGGAAGGGGUAUCACUAGAAAGGAGAACAUAUUUUCAAGGACUCCUGAUAUGCCUAAACUCAAAAUUGAACUCAAUGACUAUGGUCAGCCUGUUGGAGAGAAUUCUAAGCAGUUUGCUAGUGUCAUUGGGUGUCAGGUGAGGAAGAAGCUACCACUCCGAUGUGAUGAUUGGAGGCUUGUUGAUCCAGAAAAGAAGUAUGAACUAUGGACUGACUUGCAGACAUUUUAUGAUCUGGAUGAUUCCGCCUUCAAUUGGGUUAUUGCUACAGCAUCAAGAAAAUGGAAGGAGUACAAGUCAACCUUAAAGGAGUUGUAUUUCGAUCCUACAUUAACUGAUGAUGAAUUACUAAGUAGGCGUGAUACAAGAGUCAACGAUGAUGAUUGGAAAUAUCUCAUUGACUAUUGGAGGUCUCCUGAACAUGAAGCUCGCACAUUAAUUGCUAAAGCCAAUCGUGCAAAGUUGAAGCUGACACAUACGUCGGGCAGCAAGAGCUAUGCUCGUUCUGGACAUGAACUGAGUGGUACACUAGGGCGCCCUCCUCGAAGAGACGAGGUCUUUAUCAAAACACAUACACACAAAAAUGGUGUUCCUUCAAUCCAGGCAGCACCAAUAAUUAACAAAAUACAAGACGUUGUUCUAGCUCGGCCAGAAUUGAAGGAUAAAACAAUUCAGGAUGGUGACCUAUUUGCAAAUGCUUGUGGAGAGAAGGAGCCAAGAGGACGUGUCCGUUGUUUGGGUCUAGGACCAACUCCACAAAAUGUGGGCACACCGGGGGUCAAGUGUUACACACCAACAAGGCUCCAAAUGGAAAUUCUAGCACGUCAAAAAGCUGAACAAAGAGCAGCAGCUCUAGAAUUGCAAAUGAGCCAAGUAAUGGCACGAAUGGACCGUAUGGAGCAAAGGAUGGAGAACACAUCGCAUCAUGGUUCUAAUUCACGAGAGCAUGUGAACACAAACAAUGGAGAAUUUGAAGAUGAGGGACAUCAUCACGAUCAUGAUGAGGAGGGGUAUGCUGCCUCAGACAAUGAGGAUGAGAGCUUGUUUGUCCAACAUGCACCAGCGAGGAACAUUACAUCCACUACAAAGAAUCAUGAUUCCCAUUGCAGUGACAAUGAAAAUCUUGUUGGAAACGAUGUGAUACUAUAUGCUAUUUUGCGAUCUGAUCUCCCUGUGGCCAAAGCAACUGUUAUCUCAACUAAUCCAAACACCGUGCUGGGAGGUCAGCCCCUUGGACGCCAAUUUUGUGAAGUAGUUGUGAAUGUUGUGCUGAAAAGGGAUGCAAUGUUGCCCCGUCCAUAUGCUGAUAUGGAGAUGAUGGCUGAUGCUCUAUCGAUGUCGAUUGCAUGGCCAUACAAGAAAAUGAAGAUGACCAGGAAGGCAUCAAAUCCUUGCCGCGGUAUUGCAAAAACAAUUACACCUGGCAGUGCAAGACGGUGCUAACUACCACUUUUGAGCUCAACACGGCAAACUACUACUAAACGCAUGGUUCUUGGCUUUUGGACUAUGAGGUGGCAAUGUAAAAUGGGAGCUUUUGGUUGAAAAUGUUUCAUUUUGUCUUUUGAGCAAGUAUGUAUAUAUGUUGGAUCACUCUGGUAUAUUUCUAGCUGAAUCUUAACUGUGUAAU